AUGCCUCUCACAUGCUUGCCAAACGAAAUCCUCCAUUAUAUUGCCGACCUGCUAGAAACAGACAGGCAAAUCAAUCAAUUCAUCCUCACAAGCCGGGAAAUAUACUCCCGCUUGAACGACUGGUUCUACCGCCGCAAUAUCCGACAAGGAGGAUGGGCGCUCUUCGAUGCCGCAUACAACGGCGGAGAAGACACCGCAAAGCGACUUCUCAGACUUGGCGCUGAUCCAAAUUCUAAAGGCAGCUACCAUACCUACUCAGCUGUGAGGACACUUUUGGGAAUCGCCGCGUGGAGCGAACACUACGAGAUCGUCAGGCUGCUUCUCUCGUAUGCGGCGGAUCCUAAUGACCGAGAUAGUACGGGUCGAACACCCAUCUUCUACGCUGCGGAGAAAGGGAACAUUUCCAUUGUGGAGCUUUUGCUGAAGCGGGGAGCGGAUGUCAAUAUCUAUGAUUUUAGUGAUCCGGUAGAGACUCCACUGGAUAGGGCUUUAGCGGGGGAGGAUAACCAGGACGUUGUGGCGCUUCUGCUGAAUGGAGGUGUGGAUGCGGGCAUUGUAGAGGGGUCGGCUCUUUGCAGGCCAUAUUCUCCGUGGACUGAAUCAUCUGUGUCGUCUUUUGGAGAGUAG